GUUGACGUUUCAUUUCGUUACUUUACCCCGUUCGGGAUAAAAAAGUGCUACUUUGUGUCUUCUUCCCUGCUUUUCAAACUCUUCUACUCUUGCUCCGUACUGCUAACCCUAAAAGAAAAAAGAAAACAUGCGCUCCUCUGCCAAGUUCCUUGUGUGCUUUGUGGCGCUGUUUACCGUGCUGCUGGCCACAACCGUGAGCGGCCUCUACGUCGCUCCCAAGGCCGCGCCGCUCCUGCACAAGGAUUUCAUCGCUGAGAUCAACGCGAAGGCGAAGGGCCAGUGGACGGCUUCUGCGGAGAAUGGUCACGUAAUCACCGGCAAGAGCCGCGAUGAAAUCCGGCGCCUGAUGGGUGUGCGUGACAUGCGCAACGACGCCCUCCCGCAGCGCGUCUUCACGAAACAGGAGCUGGCGCGGGACAUCCCGGAGUCGUUCGACUCGGCCGAGAACUGGCCGCAGUGCAAAACCAUCUCCGAGAUCCGCGACCAGUCGAGCUGCGGCUCCUGCUGGGCCAUCGCCGCUACGGAGUCCAUGUCGGACCGCUACUGCACCCUCAGGAACAUCACGGACCGCCGCAUCUCUACGGGCGACCUGCUGUCCUGUUGCAUCGUGUGCGGCAUGGGUUGCAACGGCGGCUUCCCGUCGGCGGCGUGGAUGUGGUGGGUCUGGACGGGUCUGACGACGGAAACGUGCCAGCCCUACCCCUUUGCCCCGUGCGCUCACCACACGAACAGCAGCAAGUACCCCGCCUGCCCGAGCACCAUCUACGACACCCCCUCGUGCAACUCCACCUGCACCAACUCGCAGGACAAGAUGGUCAAGUACAAGGGCACCUCAUCGUACGGCGUCCGCGACGAGGAGGGCUACCAGCGCGAGUUGAUGGCGGGCGGCCCGUUUGAGGUCGCCUUCGACGUGUACGCCGACUUCACGGCCUACAAGAGCGGCGUUUACAGCCACGUCACCGGCGAACGCCUUGGCGGACAUGCCGUGCGGCUGGUCGGCUGGGGCGUGCAGAACGGCGUGAAGUACUGGAAGAUCGCGAACAGCUGGAACGGUGACUGGGGUGACAACGGCUACUUCCUCAUCAAGCGUGGCGAAAACGAGUGCGGUGUUGAAAGCACCGGCGUCUCCGGCGUCCCCGCCACCGAUUAA